UUGAAUUCACACCGGUGAGCCAGCACAGUGGACGCCUGUAACAUGAUGCGUUUUUAUAAAAAUCGAUUCAGUUCAAAAAGGAUGCACCGCGGACGGGCACUUUUACGCACGGGGCUGAAGGAUAUACUGUAGACACACCUCGGGAUUGUUCGGUCAUGAGACUGUGGAUGCGCGGACUGCAGCUUGAAUCACGCCUGUGCUUCGGGUCUGAGAGCAUCAGCACCAUGCAGCUGCAUCCCGCACCCUGAACUUCUGGGAUUUUAUUUGCGCUCCGAAACCGAGGCUUGGAUUUUGUGCGAGAUAAAAAAAAAAAAAAAAAAAAAAAAGCAAAACAAUGGCUUUGAGCGAAAACUGCAAAACGCAACCUGCAAAAGACCAAGGCUCCGUGCAGAACCCUCCGUCGGAUGUUAUUGAAUUAAACGUGGGUGGGCAGGUGUAUUACACUCGCCUCGGCACUUUGACAAGCUUUCCAAAUUCUCUCCUAGGGAAACUGUUCUCCAACAAGAAGGGGUCUUCAAAUGAUUUAUCCCGGGACCUCAGAGGACGGUAUUUUAUUGACAGGGAUGGCUUUCUCUUUCGAUAUGUGUUGGAUUACCUUAGAGACAAGCAAGUUGUCCUCCCUGAUCACUUUCCCGAGAGAGGGAGGUUGAAAAGGGAGGCGGAAUAUUUCCAGCUGCCCGAUUUAGCGAAACUUUUGUCUUCCGAUGAGGGAAAACUCUUUCCAGAUGACUUGUACUACAGUGAUUUGGACGACAUGUCCCAAGGCAGCGACCAGAGGUUUUAUCCCUCCUACUCCAUGGACAGGAGGUACGGCUACAUCACGGUGGCUUUUAAAGGAGUCUGCGCCGCGGGAGGGAGAGAAAGUCAAACUGACGCCAAAGCCAAAAAGUUACCCAGAAUCUUCAUCAGCAGCAGGAUUGGCUUGGCCAAAGAGGUGUUCGGAGACGCCCUGAAUGAGAACAGGGACACUGACAGACCGCCGGAUCGAUACACCUGCAGGUUUUACCUCAAGUUCAGGCACCUGGAGAGGGCUUUUGACAUGCUGUCAGAGAGCGGCUUUCACAUUGUGGCCUGCAACUCGUCCCUGACUGCGUCCUCACUUGGUCAUUACGCAGAUGACAGGGUCUGGUCCAAUUACGCACAGUACAUCUUCUACCGUGGGCCCUCCCGGUGGUCGUCCUCCCACUGCGACUGCUGCUGCAAAAGCCACAAAAGCGAACGCGAGGGGGAGAGCGGCACCUCCUUCAACGAGCUCUCCACAUCCUGCUCCGAGACGCAGUCCGAGGCCAGCUCCCCGCAGGGAACCGUGAUCUGCGGCCCCGUGAGCCGCCACUCCAACAUCCAGACCCUGGACCGGCCCAUGCCUAAAGGACCAGUUCACAUGCUGCAGCAGGCAGAGAUGCGCCGCAAGACAGACAUGCUGAGGGUGAGAACCUUCGGGGUUCGAGAGAGAGAGGCUGCGAAAAGGAAAGCAAACAAGGAGAAGAUGACUCCAGAGCAGGAGCUGGAGAAAUGCAUCCAGGACUUCCGGCGCAUUAGGAUUCCCGAUCGCUUUCCGGAGAGGAAGUACAUGUGGCAAUCAGAGCUCCUGAGAAAGUAUCGCCUUUAAGUAUGAGAGAGAUAACAGAGAGGAAAAAAAAGAAACGGGGAUGGUACAGCAGUAUCAUGCCGCCAUCAGUGAAGAGUACUGCACAGGCA